UGAAACACUUAGCUCUUGACUACCACUUCGUCAGAAACCAUGUCCAAGCAGCUAACAUUCGUGUCUCACACAUCCACUCUACUGAUCAGCUUGCUGACGCACUCACCAAACCGCUACCAAGACCCCGCUUUGCCUCACUCUGUAUCAAGAUCGGUCUCGCUACUCCUCGUCCGUCUUGAGGGGGCGUAUGGGACUAUGGAAAGUCUUGAUGCUCACUCCUCUGAUUAUGCACAAUAUAUUCUUUCAUUAACUCCGUAUAUAGCCUUACCAAACCUGUACAUUCUCUCUUGUAUAAAACAGAGCAUUGCUCUUGUCAAUAAGAAUCAUCUAAUUCCAUAAUCCAAUAAUAGUAUCCACAAUUGGAAUCUAUUCUAUUAUGAUAAAAUCGAAAAUAAGAAUCCUAUUUGAGCAUUAUUGUAACGUGUAGACACUAUAACGAUUUGGCUAUCUACCUUGAUUCGAAAUUUGUAUUACUUACAAGUAGAUUUUCCUUCCAACUUGCUAUAUAUCUUCUGAGAAUAUAUCUAAAUAAAAACAGGGAAAAAAUAAAGGGAAUAUAAACUAGAACAUGGAAGGGUUUGAUUGAAGAUAAUCACAUGUGAGAAAUGAAUAUAAGGCGUACACAACACAAGUUUCUGUUUGUGUGUACUGAAUGUCUCAAGUUAACAAUAGCUUUUGGCAAAAGAAAAAUGAACUUGAAGUUUUGUUUUCAAUAUUUCUUGGUUAGAAGUUAUUACAAUGUUGUUUUUAAAGAAACAUAAUCAAUUGUUGUUUUACUAGCUAAUGUUGUCUUAGAAUGUGCUGUGUGCUUUACUUUGACUCGUUGUAGUCUAAACCCUACUUUUGCAAGUUGGAUUUUCAAGCUCAGUAGCAUGUUUUGUUUUCACUUACAUCAAUUGUCAAUUUAUAUAAUAUAUUACUCUGGCAUGUGUUCUUGAUGCGACUUUUGAAACAUGUAUGAAGUGAUAAGCUAAGUAAAAGAAGAAGAGAUUAAUACAUCAUAAGGAGAGAUGCUACACGAGCUGGUGUAGAGAAGUACAAAAGACAGAUAGUAUUUACAUUAGCAUAACUUAUGAGUUAUGGCUACAUGCAGAAAUAUCAACGAAAGAAAGGUGCGCUAUGAGAGAUUAAUUCAUGUUAAAAAUUUGUAACAUGAUCUAACAAACCGAUGUAUGUCUUGUGUUUGUGGAGAUGCGGCUUUUACAUUUAGGGAUGCCUUAGAGUCUUGUACAUAGAGUAUGCUAUGUUAUUUACUCUGAAUUUCCAUUUGCAUAAAAUGAACUUUAUAUAAAUACGCAGAAAAUGUCGAAUCUUUCAUAUUUUCUGGCAAGAAAAGAUAAUAUGAUCCAUAAAUUAAAAUGUAUAAUCUAGUAUACGGUCGAUUAUCAGUUUAUCACUCUUUAUGCUGCCCAACAAGGAAAACAAAACACAGAGAUUGAAAAUGUCUUAAGAGAGCUGGCUGGCCCAUAGAUAUCAGAGACAAACAAAGCCCGAGUGCUUGAACCUAAUGAAUGGAUCUCGCAUCUAUAAACUUGAAAUAUAAUAAAAUUUUACAUUAAUUUGAUUUCAUAAGUUUUAUAAAUUUCGUAUUUAGUUGGAUUAUUUUAUAUAAAUAUAAAUUUUAGCUGAAUGAGUUUUUGCCUAAUGCGGAUCGAACCCGAACAUCGGAAAGCUAAUAGCAUUUUCUUUAUCACUGAACCCUCAACGUUGGGAAAAAAAGUGAUAAACCCUCAACGUUCGGAAAAAAAAAAAAGGUAAUUAUUAUUACCUUGUUUUUUGAUAAGAAUCAAGAGACGACAUCAAAGGUCCGAGGUAUCAAAGAGAGAGAGAGAGAUAGGAGGUACCAAAGCUGUUUCGAACACUGGAUCCCCAAGUGGAAAGGUCAUAACCACAACCAACUGGACCAGGUUCGCUUUGGUAGCAACAGACUUGUACCAAAAACACAAAUAGCAAUAAACCAAAUCAAAACCAAACUGAACUUCAAACAAAACAGGACCGCCAUUUGGUUUUCAGCUCCUAUAAAACACAAAAAAAAAACUGAACCAAAACCAAACCAUAAUCCGGUUUACGACAAAACCAACGCAGAACGAAACAAACACUCUGUCCGAAGUGGAGGGUCUCACACGUUAUCGAGGUUCCAUCGUUUUACUACUCUGCCGUAUCAAUGGCGAGCAUCAUCAGAAGGCCGUUAAACUUAACGGCAGCCGUCCGGUUUCGACUUACUCCGUUACUUCCGUUCUCCGGAAGUUCUUGUUCCGUUAACUCGAACCCGACUCGCUGCUCUGAGUUAAUCAAAGUCCCGAGUUUAGUCGAAGGCUGCGACUACAAGCACUGGCUGGUGCUCAUGAAGCCUCCCAAAGGAUACCCACCUCGAAACGACAUCGUCCAAAGCUUUGUCAAAACCCUAUCCAUGGCUCUUGGGAGCGAAGAAGAAGCUAAGAGAUCGAUUUACUCUGUUUCCACAAAGUACUAUUACGCAUUUGGAUGCAGGGUUCAUGAACCUUUGACUUAUAAGAUUAGAUGUAUUGUCACAUAUCCUUCAAAAAUCUUAUUUUUUUUUUAUAUUUUAGUUUUGUUGGAAAAUGCUGUAAAACUGUGGUUAAUGUGUUUGGUUGCAGCUCUGCCUGAUGUUAGAUGGGUUCUGCCAGAUUCAUAUGUAGUGGAUGGUGACUGUGGAUAUGGAGGAGAGCCGUUCGUUGAUGGGGAGGUUGUCUCAUACGAUGAGAAGUACCAUGCGGACUGGCUACGAGAUCAAACUGAUGAGGAUGCUAUAAUAGUUAAAAAGAAGCCUAGGAGGAAAAGAAACAAGUAGAUUUAGUAUUUGGAAGUCUUCUUACAUUAUUAUAGAGCUACUCAAACCUUAUGCGUCUUCUAGUGUUACUACCAUGAGCUACUGUAAAGAAUCCUAGGUGUAAUGUUAGUGGGGAGUUUUUAUAUUAUAUAUGGAGGUUUUAUGUUUCAGUUGAUGAUAAAAAAGUUGAAAUAAAACUGAUGAUGUAAGCCAAAUAGCCAAUGCUAGUACUAGAUACGUAAUGUUUUACUAGAUAUAUGUAAUAGUCAAUGAUACACUUUGACUAUUCAUUACAAUUCAUUGUAUUGCUUCAGUUUUCUGUUAGUGA